AUGUCGCUAGUUGAAGAUCAUAGCCAUCAACAAUGGACAGAACCAUCGACGAAUCCUCUCAAUGAGUUACCGAUACUACAGUAUCAACCAUUGAUCAAUUCCUCAACGUCGCUAAUUGAUGGUCCUCGUCAUCAACAAUGGACGGAGCCAUUGAGCAAGUUCUCAAUCUUUCUGUAUAACCUUGACAACGACAACUUCACUCAAUCUGCUUCAAGAUUUGACCAAUCGUUUAACAAUCUGAGUGGCACGGGUUUUACUUGGGCACAAGGAUUUGGUGGCUGCAGCAACAACAAUAUUGUCGAUCUUCCUCCACCUCUCAUGCAUACGAGCUCUGACCAAUUUGUGUCUCCGUUUAGCAAUCUGAUGUGUAGUAUGGGUUUACUUGGGGCACAAGGAUUCGGUGGCUGUAACAACAACAUUGUCGAUCUUCCUCCACCUCUCAUGAUGCAGACAUUCCCUUCUUCUUCUCAUUAUUGA